AUGCGUGAUCAGGUUGCUCUGCUAGCCUUUGUCACUGUGACAGCUGUUUUACAACAAGCUUAUUUUUCCAUGCAAGUUAUUUGGGCACGAAGAAAAUAUAAGGUUUCUCCUCCAGCCACAUCUGGUCCUCCGGGAUUUGAACGGAUUUUCCGUGCACAGCUGAACUGUUCAGAAUAUUUCCCUCUUUUCAUAUCAGUGCUUUGGGUUGCUGGGAUAUUUUUCCAUCAAGGAAUUGCAGCAAUAAGCGGUUUAGCUUAUCUGUAUGCUCGAUUUGAAUACUUUCACAGAUAUGCGGAAUCUGCGCAGGGAAGACUGAAACCUAUGUACAUCAGUGCGACAGUGAUAUGGUUUCUCAUUGGACUGUCUUUGCUCGGUCUACUGGAGUUUGCAUUAUCCAGCUAUUAUGGCUACGGUGAAAAAGAAAGUUUACUGUGCUGGCUCCUUAAAGAAUAUGUGCAUUUUUAA